CUCGCAGUUAUUAUUGUUUAACCCUCGUAAACGUUGUCAUUGUUGGUAGAAACAGGUUCCAGGGGUUUCCCCUUGAAAUUUACUCAGUUAAUUUGGACAAAAUUCCGUAAAAUGCCUUAAUCUGUCCGAAAAAUUGAUAAUAAUUAAAAAGCUAUUGUUGAGGCCAGUGUCCCAGUUACGUUUACCAUCUCGACGAAUGUCGAUUCCUCCCUUUCCUCCGGUGGUUCUCGGAUUAUGAAAAAAACGAGUAAACACCGUCCGGGUGUGGGUACUAUAACAUCAGUGUGCCUGUCCGAGGGCAAAACGGACAGAGCGUCACCCCAGGAACACCUGUCGCCCUACUACAUGAAAGAACAAGAUAUUCCAGAAUAUCUGGAGGGCUGUGGUCUCACCACUUGUUCAUCAGCAAGUGAAAUGCCUGAAUCAGUGGUGGAGGUACUCACAAAAGAGCCCCACAAGGAGAAAAAAUUAUCAACAGCAUCAAUAGGAUCGUCAGGUGAUACAAAAAAAACAGUGACUGUGAAACAUCCUGAGUCCAACAAGCCAAAGCCAACAACCAAGAAAUGCAAGCCCAUUCAGGCGGAUCUGGAUGUUGCCAAGGAGUUUAUACGAUGUCGUGAUGAAUGUGUGACACGUGUGGAUCUCAGUAAAUCAAGUAUCACGAAUUUGCCAAGUUCCGUUCGUGAUUUGACGAAUUUACAAGAAUUUUAUCUCUAUGGAAAUAAAUUGGUGACACUUCCAGUGGAAAUUGGAUACCUGACUAAUCUCAAGACCUUAGCACUCAGUGAGAAUUCAUUGACAAGCCUGCCAGACACUCUGGAGAACUUGAGAUCACUCAAAGUUUUGGAUCUGAGGCACAAUAAAUUGAGUGAAAUUCCUGAUGUUGUUUACAAGCUCACCUCCCUCACAACACUAUUUUUACGAUUUAAUCGUGUGAGAUAUGUCUGCGAUGAUAUUCGUUAUUUAAUAAACCUGACGAUGUUGAGCCUGAGGGAGAACAAGAUCAAGUCACUUCCUGCUGGAAUUGGUAAACUCGUUAAUCUGAUAACAUUCGAUGUUUCUCAUAAUCACCUGGAGCACCUGCCAGAGGAGAUAGGCAAUUGUGUACAGCUCUCGACACUUGAUCUCCAGCACAAUGAACUGUUGGAUAUUCCUGAGACAAUUGGUAAUCUCGUUGCUGUUACCAGACUGGGACUGAGGUACAACAGAUUGUCUUCGAUUCCCAAGUCUUUAGCCAACUGUCGACUGAUGGAUGAGUUCAAUGUUGAGGGUAAUCAGGUGUCAAUGUUACCUGAUGGUCUUCUCUCAUCCCUGUCUGACUUGACGACCAUCACACUCUCCAGAAACAGCUUCUCUGCUUAUCCUUCAGGUGGUCCAUCCCAAUUUACCAACGUUGAUUCACUCAAUAUGGAGCACAAUCAGAUCGACAAGAUACCUUAUGGUAUAUUUUCAAGGGCGAAAAACCUGACGAAACUCAAUAUGAAGGAGAAUCAGCUCACAGCACUUCCUCUGGACAUUGGGACCUGGGUGAACAUGGUUGAGUUAAAUCUGGGGACUAAUCAACUGACGAAAAUUCCUGAUGAUAUUCAGUGUCUUCAGAAUCUGAAGAUAUUGAUACUCUCCAAUAAUCUCCUCAAACGAAUACCAGCGAGUAUUGGAAGCCUCAGGAAGCUCAGGGUUUUGGAUCUCGAGGAGAAUAAAAUCGAGUCAUUGCCCAAUGAAAUUGGCUUUCUGAGGGAUUUGCAGAAAUUAAUUUUACAGUCUAAUCAGGUCACCUCACUGCCACGUGCUAUUGGACAUCUGUUGAAUCUCACAUAUUUAAGUGUCGGUGAGAAUAAUCUUAAUUAUUUGCCUGAGGAGAUUGGAACAUUGGAAAAUCUUGAUUCACUUUAUGUUAAUGAUAAUCCUAAUCUUCAUAAUUUACCCUUUGAACUUGCACUGUGUACGAAUUUGAGUAUUAUGAGUAUUGAGAAUUGUCCAUUGUCGAAAAUACCAGCGGAAAUUGUUGCUGGUGGUCCGUCCUUUGUUAUUCAAUUUCUUAAGAUGCAGGGGCCCUAUAGGUCUAUGUAAUAAAGGGAGGACUUCGAGGAGAAUGGGACAGGCGGCUGCAGGUGGAUUGUCAUGAGGUGUUGCAGGGUUGUUACCGAAUUUUGGGGGACAUUUUGCAAGAGAAAGACGAGGGACAAGGACAGUGGAUCGGUUGUGGAUCUGUGAGCUGGGGGCUGUGAUUCAUCCUCGAAGUUUUCAUCAAGGGUUUUUUUUUUUGGGGGGAUCUGGGAGGUGGGAGAAAUUGGGGGGAAGGCGGGACGGAAAGGGGAGUAAUUAGUGGGCAAUUUGCAAUUUUUUGGGAUGGGGAAUUCGUUAGUGCAAUGGGGGAGUCUCCAGGUGCAUCAGUUGACGCAAUUUCUGGAUUAGACGAUCUCAGAGAUUUAUUAGCCAGAUUUUUUUUUGUUUGGGGGUAAUUGAUGUUUAAAAUAAUCAGGAGGAACAAUUACUCUGGAAACUGGAGAAUAAUCUGGCUCUUAAUGAUGAAUUUAAUGAUAAAAAUCUUCUCUUAUGGUGCCAACUACGUGUUUCAAUGUGAAAUAUGAUUUUUAAUUAAAAUCAUCGAGCCAUCAGCACCGUCCUGCGUAAAACAGUUAUCCCUAGAAAAUUAAACUUCACCUGUAUCUCAUUAAUUAAUCGAUUGAAAUACCAAUCAUCGAGAGUUUUUUCAAUUCUGAUGAAUUGUUUAUUCAUUUUUUAUAUUUUUUUCCGCACCUCAAGAGCUUUUUAUCUAUUUUUCACGACUAUACGACAAGAUUCUGCCGAAAUGAAACAGUUAAUCGUUACGAUGUGUUUUUGUGUGUUCAAUAAAACUCUUCCCUCAUUUUAAUAAAUAACAAAGAUGAAUAAUUAAUAUUCCCUUUGUGAGAAAUAUUAGAAUACAUUGUGGUGCACAUGUUAAGCAUUAGAAUAAUUGAUUAAUUGUACAGAGGCAAUUAUUGACGAUUACUGAAUUGAAUUGUGAGAUCGAGUCAAAAAAUAUCACGGUAUUUAAUGGAUGAACGAAUUAUUGACUAAUUUGAUGAGAAAAUGAUGACGUAAACAAUAUUAUUGAAAGAAAUAAAUAACACUAGCCGUUAGCUUCGAGACAAAUAUUUUGUUAUACGAUGAUGCAACUCAUUUUUCUAUAUGUACCUGCAUUUAAAAUAAAUCGUUGAUCACGCUGAUACGAAUAAAAAAAAUGGAUAAAAAUUGUAAUAAAAAUUGUUGACUAAACAAGCCUUAACCUCUAAAGUUACAAGAUUUUGAGAUUACGGAAAAAAAACUUAAAAUUGAGCAGAAAUAUAUAAUAGAUAUAUAUAUAUUAUAUGAUGAUGAUGAUGAUGAUGAUGAGAGUGACUUGUGGAAGAGAAUGAGAACGUCUUUCGGCCCCAAUAAUUAACAAUUUCUUGUGGAGAUAAUUAUUGCCCUGAUGAGUGGAUCGAUUGAUUAUUCCCAAGCUUAAUGCACCGAGAGGUGGACUAUUUUUAUUGAAUUAACAUUUUAGUUAUUUUUAUAGUCUUCGCAGGGCGAAUUAAUCAUCGUUUGCGUCAAUUUGUAAUUUAGUUUUUUUUAUACUUUUAAUGUUGUAAAUCGAUGCACUUGAGUGGUGACACGAUAAAAUAAUUUCAGGGGACUUUGGACUCGUUGGAGACUCUUCAACGUAUACCCAGGGGUCCAGGGGGGAUAAACAAUGUUAUUUUUAAUUGCAUAAUUCCAGGAAUUUAUGUUAUCUAAUUUUUCUUGAUGAAUUUUGCUUUUGGUUCCCAGUGAAUUAAACAAAUGUCUCCUUGAUUGUUUAAAUUAUACCAUAAACAGAAUAAAUGCACGAUAAAUAUUUCGAAUUGUGAAAAAAUAAAAUGCAUAAGUCCAUUAGGUUGUGCCAUUUACAUUCGGUUGUUGAUUGUUGUCAUAUUAAUUUAAUGAAAACUUCAAACGAAUGAAUAUUACAAUGACGUUAAAAAUGAUCUUCAAUAAUCCUGUUGAUGGGCCACAAUUGGCGAUACAACAAUGUCUGUAUAAUUUUAAUUAAUGUAAUGUUAAUGUAAUUCAGUGUAUAUUAAAAAAAAGGAAAUCAAGAUAAAUAAGAGAUGAAUAUUACUGUAUAAAUAUUUCUAAAUACACAAAAUGUAAUGAGCA